GUCAGGCAGGGGCGGAGGUGGAGGGAAGAACCGCUGCACCGCUGGAUGUUGUGGGGGGGGAUGAUGUUCCCCUGCACGCCCUGCUGAUACACAGGGACCGUUGGAGUGCUGCUGGUGCUGAGGAUUAUCCGUGAGGCAGGAGGAGGGAAGACAGAGAAGGGGGGAGGCAGCAGCAGCAGCGAGCAUCAUCCGGAGGGGAGCGAUUUUUCAGUUAGGCUGGGCGACAAAAGCGCAGAACAGUAAGAAACUGAGCAAAAAUUGAAGGGAAAGAGCGAAAUAUACACCUGCAGAAAGGAUUAACAGCAGGAAAUUAUCGCUUUUUUGAAUAUAGACUGUAAUUUUCAAAGCCUACUGGUCCUUAGGGAGGAAAGUCAGUUUAUGAUUGUUCCAGAAACGCAUGCACAUCUGACUGACUGGGAAUCAGCCAGUUUCAGCAUUGUUAUGCAACUAAACCCAGUAGUAGCCUACAGAAAGUGUCCUAUUUGAGUUUCUGUGGUGCAUUCGAGGGCAGCUGGGAUUACUGAGGCUGGUCCUUCAUUUCGGUGUUGUUGGGGUAGGACCGUGCUGGACGCUUGAUAGUCGAGGGAGAGCUCCACGGAGAGAAGAUGUCGGGUCAGACGCUGACGGACCGCAUCGCCGCGGCGCAGUACAGCCUGACGGGAUCCGAGGUGUCCCGAGCUGUUUGUAAAGCCACCACACAUGAACAGACAGCCCCGAAGAAAAAGCACAUGGAAUACCUGAUCCAGGCCAGCCAGGACUCCACUGUGAACGUCCCCCAGAUGGCCGACACGCUGAUAGAGAGGGCUGGUAACGCCAGCUGGGUGGUGGUUUUCAAAGCCCUGAUCGCCACGCACCACCUCAUGGUGCAUGGAAAUGAGAAAUUCAUCCAGUUCCUGUCUUCUCGAAACACUUUGUUCAACCUCGCCAACUUCCUGGACAAAACCGGAUCCCAUGGCUACGACAUGUCCACGUUCAUCAGACGCUACAGCCGCUAUCUGAACGAGAAGUCCUUCGCCUACAGACAGAUGUCUUUUGACUUCGUCCGAGUCAAGAAAGGAGCUGAUGGAGCGAUGAGGACCAUGACAGUAGAGAAGCUGUUGAAAGGAAUGCCCAUCCUGCAGAGCCAGAUCGACUCGCUGCUGGAUUUUGAUGUGCAACAGAAGGAUCUAAACAAUCCAGUGAUAAACGCCUGCUUCCUUCUCCUCUUCAAAGACUUGAUCAAGUUAUACGCCUGCUACAAUGACGGCAUCAUCAACCUCCUAGAAAAAUUCUUCCAGAUGAAGAGAAGCCAGUGUAAAGACGGGCUGGAGAUCUACAAGAGAUUCCUGACACGAAUGACCCGGGUUUCAGAAUUCUUCAAAAUUGCAGAGCAAGUUGGAAUAGACAAAAAUGACAUACCUGAACUCACCCAGGCCCCAGAGAGUCUUCUGGAGUCCCUGGAGACCCACCUUAACACGCUGGAGGGGAAAAAGCCAGAGGAUAAGUCCCCUACUAAGCAGGAUGCCACAGCCAACAGCACACCGGCUGCGGCUGCUGCCCCACCAAAGCCAGCACCCCCCGGUGGGCCCCCUGCACGUCCUGGGCCUCCUGCUAAACCUCCUCCACCCUCUGUCACCCCUACCGCACCAGCUCCCACAGCCACCAUCGCUGCAAGCAAUGCUCUUGAUGACGGCUUCUUGUUGGAUUUAGACCCCAUGUCCUCCUCAUCAGCAGGGGGCGCUACAAAAACAACUUCUGGAUGGGGAGAUCUCUUGGCUGAGGCAACUCCGGCUGCCACCGAUGAAGUCUCUGAGGCGAAGAAAGAGUCUGAUGCUGCUGCUGGUGCUGCAGCCGCUGCUGCUCCUGCAGCACCCACGUCUGCACCCGCACCAGCACCUGCAGCCGCUGCUGCUCCCACUACCGCUACAGCUACACCAGUGCCAACCUCGCUGCCCGUCUCCGCCCCCGCCGCUCCUGCUGCCACAGACAUCGACCUUUUCGGAGAUGCGUUUGCACCUUCCCCAGGAGACGGUCCUGCUGCCGUGGCCGUGGGUCCUGCUGCUGAUGCAUUUGCCGGAUCUGACCCCUUCGCUACAACGGAGGGGAGUGCGGACAUUGCUCCAGAGCUGGACCUGUUCGCUAUGAAGCCCGCCGACACGGGGGCCACCGCCGCCACCCCUCCCACCUCUAGUGAGGCGCCGACUGUCAUCGCCCCCAUCGCUCCCCCCGCUGCCCCCACCCCUUCUUCCACCGCUACCGCCACCACAACCACCACCGACACCACCACCACAGAGUCUGCAGCCGCCCCGACUCUAGAUCUCUUUGGUGAUAUGCUUGAUAAGCCUGAGCAAAGCCCUACCACAGAAUCCAAAGCUGCUACCACUCCUAGCGUAGACCUUUUUGGUGCAGACCUUCCUGCUGUUUCGCGCGGGCCCUCUCCUUUGCCCGAGCCAGCUCCAACUGGAGACAUUGUGACUGACACAUAUACACCUUCAGCUCCUGCAGCUCCCGCGGCUCCUGCUCCAGCUCCGGCUCCUGCUGAAGCUCCUGCCCCAGAGGCCUCCACUCCUCCCAAAGCAGAGCCGGCACCUGUCAUUGAUCUCCUGGACUCUUUCAGCGGUCCUCCAGAGGAGACGCAGAGCUCUGCUCCUGGAGGGCCUGGGGAUGACCUGCUGGGAGGCCUGAUGUCCCCCACCCUGGCUCCCACUGCUGCCCCUGCUCUGGCUCCAGCUUUGGCUCCCGCUCCAGUUCAGAACGACCUGCUUGAGUCAGGGUUUGAUGCCCUGGGCUCCCUUCCCUCUCCAACACCUCCUGUUCCAGCUACAGCAGCAGCUCCAGAACCUGCAGCCACCACAGCAGCACCCUCUGGUAGCUUUGAUGCUUCAAUGUUCGGUGGGUUAGGUGAUCUGCUGAUGCCAGCUGUAACACCUCAGAGCACUGGUGGAAGCGGUGGAAGCGGUGCUGGGAGCACAGCAGGAAGCAUGGGGACUCCUGUGGCAACAGGAGGCAUUGCAGCCGCUCCCCCCGCCACUCCCCCUCCUACCAAAACCAUUGGAGGAGACCUUGACUCAUCUCUGGCUGACCUGAUGGGAGACCUUGGAGUAAAGAAAAAGGACCCAAUGGGUGAGAAGAAGCUGACAGGAGGUUCCAACUGGACACCACAGGUUGCACCUACAAGCUGGGGAACACCAGGGGCCCCCAUGGCUGGGGCUGCCCCUGGAGCUCCUGGUGCAGCCAUGGUCCCGCCAAUGGGUGCACAGCCUGGAUUUGGCAUGCCUCCUGCAGGAGGACCUGGAGCUCCCAUGAUGCAGCCAAUGAUGGGUCAGCCUAUGAUGGGACAGCCAAUGAUGAGACCUCCCUUUACUGGGGUGGUUGGGGCUGCACCCGGAGCUGCUGCACCAGGAGCACCGCUCUCUCCAGGACCUGCCAGCCAGAGUCCAAAGAAACCCAAGGAUCCUUUGGCAGAGCUCGACCUCAAGGACUUCUUAUAAUGCCCCAGCUGCUUUCUCCUCUGGAGCAGGGCCCUCUCACCUGUUACCUGGUGUCUGUUAACACCUCAGGAUGCCAGCGAUGUUCAGCUACUCAACCUUACAAGAGCCUCUUUUAUCCACCCCAACCAUCAACACCCCACCCGUCUCCUGUGUGAUGAUGUUGUAGCACAAACUGUGAAAGUGAAACAUAGCGGAUUAUAUAUAUAUGAGGAAAAAAAAUACAAGCGUGUGCUUAUGUAGAUGUACUAAUCUUUAUUGAAAGAAAAACACUCGAAACCCUGACAAAAACGACACAAAUUAGGAAGAGGAAGAGAAGGCGUAUGUGUUUAGAUUUCUUUUAUAGUGAGUUGAAUGGAAGUGUUUUGGUGUCCUAAGCUCCACUUACAAUCCCAUAUCUGUUCUGCCUCCUUAAGAAGGGGGAGGAGCUUUAUUUGUCAAUCUCUGAUUGGAUGGGAGCGGCAUUCAAAGACCUGAUGGAUUUUCAAUGAAACAUGUCAUGUGUUGUUUACAGAAAGGCCCUCUUUGAUGUACAUAGAUUUUUCCGGCAAGGAUUACGUCUCUGUUCUGUAUGUCUGUUAAAGAGAUAUAUAAAUGUGAAUCUGACAUGAAAUUGUAAGAAGUUGUGUGAGUAUCCUUCUUAUUCCCAUCAUCUUUUCAAAGUGUUAAAAGUGAAAUGAAUUCUGCUUUAUGAUCAGUUCUCUGUAUAUGAACUUCUAUGGGUUUCUGAUAGUCAACAGACCAGGAAGUGGUCCUUUUUGCUUGUUUUUUUUUUUACUUAUGACUCAGUUUUCUAUGUUUCUUUUAGUCUUUUUUGUUAAAUGUUAUUUAUAUGUAUCAUUUCUCCAACAAUACUCCUUCAAACUGCUGUCCAUAUUUGCUGGCAAUGCUAUUAAACAACAUAUCUUACAACUUUACUACCGUACAGAACGCUUCAGUUAUUCAUCAGCAAGGUUAACUCAAACUAUCCCUCAAUAUAUCUGUACAAGUGUCUACCUGCAGUUCUGACACUUCCCAUGUGGUUCUGUCUGUUGCCUGUGCUUUCAUUGUACUUAUGACCAGGUCAGUAUGGUUAUUUCUGUAUUUAGAGUAAAACAUUUUAUUGCUGUCCAACCUUUGUGUUCAGACAGGUCCAACCAAACAAUACAUGUAGUCCAGUUAUGAGGAUUAGAUGAUGAUCCAGGUUGCAAAAAUGUCAAAAUUGACCUAAAGUCUUAUCUAAAUUAGGAACUGUGUACAGUUUUUCAAAAUAAAGCUCUCUUUAUAUCAGUUUCCCUAACGGAUGUGUUUAAGGAGUAAAAAGCUAAGAAACAGAGGUCUGCUGCCCAAACGCUGCAUCAGGGAGCAUCAGGGUACCUUUAUACUCCAUGUGACUCGCCUAUUCCUUUAGGUGCAUUUCUACAGAAUGAGCAGUGUUUCCAUCUGCACUGAUGCUUCAGCAAUUUUAUGAUUAAAGACAUCCGUUUGAAAAUGCAGAUAUUGGAUUAAAAUUCAUGUUUGAUUGCUGUCUGAACAUACUUUUCGUUCUUUUUUUCUUGUUGCUGACCUAUUGUGAAUUGAGCAGUAUACAUAUUGUAACCGGCCACAUGGGAGUGAUGUGUACAUUGUGUAAAUCAACAGGAAGCCUCUUUCCGUCCGGCCAUGAUCUUGUCCCCAAAACCGCCCUAACAGAAGCCCCUCUCUGCUCCUUGCACACUUGCCAUGAAUUUAACAUGUCGAUAUGCAUCCGGACAGCUGUAUAACACCGGAGUCCUCAGUCCUGUGCUGUAAAUCAGACUAAUGUAAAGUUUACUCUGUGUUGUCAUUUCUAUGGACUGAAUAAGAAUUGGUUGUGAGAAAAUGUUGUGAUUCAGAGAAAAAAUGGAUGAUUAUUAACAUUUUUCAUGGCUGAAUUAUUAAAAAUGUAUUUUUGUUUAGUUGUAAAUUCAUUUUAUUUUUUGAUGACCCUCCCCAGUGCAUGUAAGCCCUUUGAGGUGCAAUAAAUUCAAUGACCGAUUGAA